AUGCGGCCAUACCUCCCCCCACCCCCCCUCCCCACCACUUCCCCCCCACAGCAGCAGCCGUGGGAGGGGAGAGGCGGGGCAGAAGGUGGUGCUGCAGUUCCUCAUGGCGGCCACCCCUUCCACACCACCUCCCCCCCCACAGCCGCAGUCGCAAAAGUGAAGGCGACAGGGGAGAGGGGAGGGAUGGAGGUACAGGAGGCAAGGCAGCUGUUUCUGGUGGGUCCUUUGUGGAGAGCGAGGGAGUGGGUGGCUGGCGGGUCCAUUGGCGAGGUCGCUGGCGGGUCCAUUGGCGAGCUCGCUGGCGGGCCCGUCGGCGGGUUCGUCGGCGGGCAUGUUGACUCGCGCGCUGGCGGGUCCAUCGGCGGGCUUGCUGAUGCACGCGCUGGCGGGUCCGCCAAUGGACUUGCUGACGAGCGCGCUGGCGGGUCCGCCGGUGGGUUUGCUAACGCGCGCGCUGGCGGGUCCAUUGGCGGGUCCGUCGGCGAUUUUGCUGGCGAGCCCGCUGGCAAGCAGAAAUUGACAAACUGA